AUGAAUAUUUGUCGAAAUUUAUUACAAGGUGUUGUUAAACGACCACCGGCUGUAAUUAAUAAUAAUAUUCGUAACUUUACUGUUUCUCAAAUAGUAUUUAAUAAAGAAACUAAAAAUAUGUCGGAAACAAAUAAAGAGGAAUUGAAAAAGCGAUUAACUCCAAUACAGUGGCAUGUCACACAGGAGAAAGGCACUGAGAGACCAUUCACGGGAUGCUACAAUAAAUUUUAUGAAAAAGGAACGUACACAUGCAUCGUCUGUGAUCAGGAAUUAUUUUCAUCGGAAACAAAAUAUGACAGUGGGUGCGGCUGGCCAGCUUUCAAUCAAGUAUUGGAUCAAGGAAAAAUAAAGUUAACUAAAGAUACUUCACAUGAUAUGGUGCGGACCGAGGUGACCUGUUCAAAGUGUGGAGCUCAUUUAGGCCAUGUCUUCAACGACGGACCCAAGCCAACCAGAAAAAGAUUCUGCAUCAAUUCUGCUUCUAUAAGUUUCCACGAAGCCGGAGAAAAGAAAUCUACAGAGGCCUAA